ACAGCCGCACUGGGACGCGGAGCCGGCCCGACGUCGCCAUGAGCGCCGCGCUCUUCAGCCUGGACGGCCCGGCGCGCGGCGCGCCCUGGCCCGCGGAGCCCGCGCCCUUCUACGAGCCGGGCCGGGCGGGCAAGCAGGGCCGCGGGGCCGAGCCGGGCGCCCCGGGCGAGCCGGGCGCCCCCGCCCCCGCCAUGUACGACGACGAGAGCGCCAUCGACUUCAGCGCCUACAUCGACUCCAUGGCCGCCGUGCCCACGCUGGAGCUGUGCCACGACGAGCUCUUCGCCGACCUCUUCAACAGCAACCACAAGGCGGGCGGCGCGGGCGGCGCGGGCGCCCUGGAGCUGCUGCCCGGAGGCCCCGCGCGCCCCCAGGGCCCCAGCCCCGCCGCCCCGCGCCCGCUCAAGCGCGAGCCCGACUGGGGCGACGGCGACGCGCCCGGGUCGCUGCUGCCCGCGCAGGUAGCCGCGUGCGCGCAGACCGUGGUGAGCCUGGCGGCCGCCGGACAGCCCACGCCGCCCACGUCGCCCGAGCCGCCGCGCGGCAGCCCCGGGCCGACCCCCGCGCCCGGCCCCGCCCGGGAGAAGGGCGCGGGCAAGAGGGGCCCGGACCGCGGCAGCCCCGAGUACCGGCAGCGGCGCGAGCGCAACAACAUCGCCGUGCGCAAGAGCCGCGACAAGGCCAAGCGGCGCAACCAGGAGAUGCAGCAGAAGCUGGUGGAGCUGUCGGCCGAGAACGAGAAGCUGCACCAGCGCGUGGAGCAGCUCACGCGGGACCUGGCCGGCCUCCGGCAGUUCUUCAAGCAGCUGCCCGGCGCGCCCUUCCUGCCGGCCGCCGGGGCCGCCGACUGCCGGUGACGCUCGCGGGCCGGAGAGACUCACAACGACCCAUACCUCAGCCCCGUGGGCCGCGACGAGCGCCCUGCCGGGCCGCAGAGCCGCCGGCUGCAGUUUCUCUGGGACACACGAGCGAAAGGAAGCUACAGCCUGGACUUACCACCACUGAACUGCAAGAGAAGCUAUACGUGGUUAUUUUCCCUUAAAUUAUUUUUGUAACGGUGGCUUUUUCUACAUCUUACUCCUAUUCAUGCAGCUAAGGUACAUUUGUAAAAAAAAAAAAAAAGACUUCAGAAAACCCUUUGUACUGUAGAUAAGAGGGAAAGACUGAGCAUGCUCACUUUUUUAUAUUAAUUUUUACAGUAUUUGUAAGAAUAAAGCAGCAUUUAAAAUCGC